AGAUUAAUCAUCGAUAACCAAUUUUCCUUUGAGCUUUGUGUAUCUUAGAUUCUCAGUUUAGUCCCUUUGAAGUUUGAACCACCCAUUUCGGUACCACCAAAAAAAAAACAGCCGGUGAGUCUUAUCUGAGCCUCUGUGACUGUCGAGCCGAAGAUAAUCUUACGCUGUCUAAUUCUCAGUCUCGGGGAAGAAAAGUUCGCAUCUUUUUUGGAAGACGAUGGCCUCCAUCUCUGCAAGCUUGCCUCCGCCAUUACUGCUCAGUGGAAGAAAGUCCCUUCUCGCAACCAUUCGGAAACUCCCAUUUUCUCCUCCUCGAGACAUACGGAACCGUAUUGGUAUCGGUUUCCGGGUGAAGGCAAGUGGCCAGAGCUCUGAGUCAUCCACUGAUCUAUCCGUCGUUAAGUCUGUUCAGAAUGUUUGGGAAAAUUCUGAAGAUCGGAUAGGGAUUAUCGGCUUGGGAUUUGCUGCUGUAGUGGCCCUCUGGGCAUCACUGAACAUUGUCACGGCAAUAGACAAGUUGCCCGUCAUCCCAAACGCGCUGGAGCUAGUUGGCAUAUUGUUUUCCACGUGGUUCACAUAUCGCUAUCUCUUGUUCAAACCCGACAGGGAGGAGCUAUCUGAAAUCAUUAAGAAGACGAUAUCAAAUAUACUAGGCCAGUGAAUGGUAUGCUUCAAAGGUGAGGAAACGCUUGUUUCGACGUUGAAUUUUGUAUUGCAACGUGAAUGGAAGAUUUCAUGUUGGUACCGGUUGCAGUUUAUAGUAUGUGUAUGCGAAAUGAUUAUGAUGUAAAGAUUGAUGAAGUGGAUGGUUGUGGUUGUAAGCUUAUGGGAAAGUAUGUUGUUGGUUGUGGUUAAGUACAGUAUUUUCCAUGAAUUGCUUCACGGAUCGUUGUGGUGUACUUGCACUGCCCGUACUUUCUUGCUCGAUGUAAAUAUAUGAUUAAUGACCAAACAGGUCUAAAGCCAGAACCUGGGAAUGUGCUCUGUUGUUUUUAUAGAGCAUCAUCUGGUUCAUGAA